AUUCGAUCUUGGUCAAAUCAUCCCGCGAACUUUUUUUCUACCUUUCAGGAAAUUCUCAAUAUCUCGACUAGACAAUCGCGACGCAACGCAACGUAAAUCCCUAAAUUUCCUCACUUUCUUCUUCACCCUCCUUCACUUCUUUCAACGUUGCGCAACCAUUAUUCAAGAUGGCUCCCACUAAUCUCCCCACCUCCAUGCACGCGACGUCCCAGGACAUCGAGAUGCUCCUCGCCGCGCAAUCUCACCUGGGAUCCAAGAACUUGCAGGUUCACAUGGAACCUUACCUCUGGAAGACCCGAGCUGAUGGAGUCAAUGUCAUCAACAUUGGCAAGACCUGGGAGAAGAUCGUCCUGGCCGCCCGUAUCAUCGCUGCCGUAGACAACCCCGCCGAUAUCUGUGUCAUCUCCGCCCGUCCCUAUGGUCAGCGUGCUGUCCUCAAGUUCGCUGCCCACACUGGUGCCGUUGCCAUCGCCGGUCGAUUCACCCCCGGUUCCUUCACGAAUUACAUCACCCGAUCUUUCAAGGAGCCCCGCCUAAUCGUCGUCACUGACCCCCGCACCGAUGCUCAGGCUAUCAAGGAGGCUUCCUACGUCAACAUUCCCGUUAUUGCCCUCUGCGACACUGACUCCCCUACCGAGUACGUCGACGUUGCCAUCCCCACCAACAACAAGGGUCGCCAUGCCAUUGGUUGCGUUUGGUGGAUGCUUGCCCGUGAGGUCCUCCGCAUCCGUGGCACCAUCGCCAGCCGUGACAUUCCUUGGGAUGUGAUGGUCGAUCUUUACUUCUACCGCGACCCUGAGGCCGAGGCUGAGGAGAAGGUUGAGGAGGAGAAGGCCCCUGCCGCUGAGGAGGUCGGCCCUGCUGCCAUCGAGGCUGGCACUUUCGCCCCCGCAGCCGGUGCUGACUGGGAAGCCGCCCCUGCUGGCUUCGCCGCGACCCAGGCUGGUGGCUGGGACGGCCAGACCGACGAGUGGGCAAACGCUACCGGUGCUCCUCCUGCUGGUGAAUGGGGUGCUGCCGAUGCCAAGGAUAGCCAAUGGUAGAAUACGGGCGCCAACCUCAGUAACAUCCCUAGUGGCCAGGGAUUUUAAACCAAAUCUCCCGCGAGUGAAUUUUAGAUGGCCUUGAUAGCACCAUCACACGCCAACGCGAUACUUGAUUUGCUUUUGCAACGGACGGACGGAUAGGAAGGAAUAUGGGUAAACUUGAUGGUACUAAUGAGGGAAAGAUAUCCGAGCUUCAGACUUGUUUUCUUUUAUUCUUCAAUAUUUGAAGUUGGUCCUACUUGAACUUUGUAGGUAGUCGACUGAUUCUUGUCGAAGAGUAUAUGGAAACUAUCUGGGGCGAGGGGGAAUGCCCUGUACAGUCAAAGGGGUGGACUUAAUCGUUAUCCCGCCCAUUUUCUCCUAGCUUAGUCUUCGUUGCGGAAAAUUAAAUAAAUGAUUCCCAGCA